CUUUUAUAUAAUUUUCUGAACUUAAAAAAACUUCGUAAGUUGUUUCAUCGAACUACACGAUAAUAAUGAUAAGUCCAAAAAUAUUUCAAUGCGUCACAAAACGAAAGGGCGCCACCAUUUGAUUCACACCGUGGUCGACCCAGGGGUUACGAAAAAAACAACCACAAACAGGCUGUAAAUAUGGGGGACUGUAGUGAUUUAGAUAGACAAAUAGAGCAGCUCAGAAGAUGUGAAAUAAUCAAAGAGAGCGAGGUCAAAGCACUAUGUGCCAAAGCGAGAGAGAUUUUGAUUGAGGAGAGCAAUGUUCAAAGGGUAGACUCACCGGUCACAGUAUGUGGAGACAUUCACGGCCAAUUUUACGAUUUAAAAGAACUAUUUAAGGUUGGUGGCGAUGUCCCAGACACCAACUACCUGUUCAUGGGGGACUUUGUGGACAGAGGCUUUUACAGUGUGGAAACAUUUCUUCUUUUAUUAGCUCUUAAGGUACGGUACCCAGACAGGAUCACGUUGAUCCGGGGUAACCACGAGAGUCGACAGAUCACCCAGGUCUACGGCUUCUACGACGAGUGUCUCAGGAAGUAUGGCUCCAUCACUGUCUGGAGAUACUGCACGGAGAUCUUUGACUAUCUCAGCUUAUCCGCUAUCAUUGACGGCAAAAUCUUUUGUGUGCACGGUGGUCUGUCGCCCUCUAUCAACACGUUAGACCAGAUCCGCGUGAUUGACAGAAAGCAGGAGGUUCCCCACGACGGCCCCAUGUGCGACCUCUUGUGGUCAGAUCCUGAAGAUACCCAAGGCUGGGGGGUCAGUCCGCGGGGCGCCGGCUACCUCUUCGGCAGCGACGUGGUGCAGCAGUUCAACACAGUCAACAACAUCGACAUGAUCUGCCGGGCGCAUCAACUGGUCAUCGAGGGCUACAAGUGGCACUUCAACGAGACCGUGCUGACAGUGUGGUCCGCACCCAACUACUGCUAUAGAUGCGGCAACGUAGCGGCAAUUCUGGAACUAGACGAGCACCUCCAAAGAGACUUCACAAUAUUCGAGGCAGCCCCACAGGAGAUAAGAGGGAUGCCAGCCAAGAAGCCAGUACCAGACUAUUUUUUAUAAGGGCCUUACAUAGACAGUUGACACAGCACAGAACACGGGGAACCCUACGAGGUAUGACACCACUUGAUCACUGGUCGAUUAGAACUCUAUAGUGUCUCGACAGCAACCAAUCGGUGACCUCCAACUAAACAGCUAGGGAGAAUCAACCAAUCAGAGACCUUGUACUGCAAUCCCCCUGGACAACUGACCAAUGAUUGACUUUGUACAAAGACAACCCCAUGAUGAUUAACCAAUCAGUGAACAUGUACAAUAACACCAUUCUAGGACAAGAACCAAUGAAAUGACUCCAUACACUGCCAUCCCUAGACACCAACCAAUCAGAGACUCUGUACAAUAAAGCCAAAGGACAACCAACCAAUCAGUGAUUUCGUAUGAUAAGACAAACUGACAACUGACAAAAUGAAUUCCUAUGUAAAAAAAAAAAUCCUAAAAUUAUUUUACCAAUGAAUAUGAGGAAUUUUUCAUAAGAAGAUGACUUUGUUUGCACAUCAAAUUGACAUACAUCUUUAAAAAAAAUAGUGUGAUUACCAAAAAAAACAAACUUGUAAUUUUUAGAGUGAGUACCCAGAAAAUUAACUACUUUUUCAGAUUUCAGUAAAUUACAUUUAUCCUUUCCAAAGAUAUGUUAAUUUCCUAGGUAGACCACAAUUCAAAUGUAAUUUAUAACAGAAAAAAGAAUUGUUGUAGUAACUUCAUUUUGUUGAUUUUUAUUUUAUUAACUUGUAUUCUACUGCUUGUUGUGGUCACACGUUCACCCUAACCCCUAGGUUGAUUUAAAAGGAACCUUCCUCAUCCUUACAAAUUCCAACACAAUAAAUUUGGACCGAACAAAAAAUGGUAAAUUUGGAGAAGUAGUUGAAACAUAGUUAGGUUUUAUGUGCACAUAAACAGUUUUCUGUUUCUGUAAAGCAUAAUCAGUGUACUAGUACAGUACUCAUCCUAACAGAUUCCAACAAACCCUGGUGUUGGAGUUUGAUUGGAUGGGGAUCGUUAGGUCAAACUUGCGAUAUUUUAAAGAAUGUGUGUAGUCUUUGUAUAAGGCUGGAUUUGUCUUUGUUUUUUUAGUCUCAUGCAGCCGUUUCCUGAAAAGUGUGGUAAAGCCGUUGCAGUGGUAGAGAUGGCUAUGAACAAGAGGGAUCAAAUCAAAUCUUGGGAAAUUAGGCAAUGCUAUCCAGAAAAAUCCCAAGCAUUCCUCAUGCGCUCAUGUAUUGGAGGUGUGCUCAGAUUUUCCUGGGUAGCACUGCCGACAUUCCCAAGACUAGCUUUGGUCCAUCUUGUUGAUAAUGACCUCUACUGUCAUAAAGGCUUUUUAGUGUAAUUAUCGGGGACGAACUGUAGAAAAAUGAAACAAAUUCCGUCUUCAGCCAAGACUACAAUGUGUGCAGCAGUUUUCUUAAACUUGUUAUGUAUGUCGUUGAUGGUCGAUACUAAGGUAAGGUGUGUUCUGGCAGGAAAACAAAACCAAUUUUAAUUUUAUUUUUUUUUAAUUGACAGAGAAACUUUUCAAUUUCUCUCUUGGACUUUAAAAUUAAUCUUGUUAGUUUUGAAUAAAAGUGAUAUCUGUGGAUUCAUGAACGCGAAAAUUAGAGCUAUGGAGUGCCACACCUAAAAAUGAGGAAGUGAAAUUUUGGAAAGAUUUAGGGUCCUAUUCGUUGGAAACUCCUCUUCCCCUAUUACGUGGUGAUCCUACCACAUUUACGGUUUUUUUACCAGGAUAUCAUUACAGUUUUUUAUAGAGCUAAAAUUCAGUAUUGUGUGCUGCUAUUUUUUUUUUUUUUUUUUCAAUUUUAUUUUUUAGAAAUAUAGUUCCCAACAAAAAAGUUAGAAGUGUGUGAGAAUUGAACCCCGAAUCUGCCAAAUUUAACUCAAAAAGCUGCAUUAUGUAUGGGAAGUAUAAGAAGUCAUGAAAAACUGGGGGGGGGGUAGUUUUGGGUUUAAAACUCUGAUCUUUUAAAAUUUGGUUUGAAAUCAGUUAUUCGGUUUGGAAUUUUGCAGAACCCUGAUGUUCGAAAACAACCUUCACAAAAUAUUAUCUUCCAUUUUUGUGUGACAAAAGUUAAAAUACAACAACUGGUACGUCCCCUGAUUUGCUCCAUGUUCUGUGAUAGCAACUGCAUUCACUCGCUGGCGGUCUUUUUCAUUUAAGAAUAGCCUCUGGAGUGUUUUUGUAAAGGUUCAGCGGUCAUUGAAUCCUGCAAACUAUACCCAGUUAUUGUGGAGGGCAUUUCAUGCGGCACCUCACUCGUCACUUUUUUUGUUGGUAUGACUAUGAGCUUGAUGAAAGCUUCCGGUGAAAUUGGAUAACCGUUUACUCAGUUUGGAAACAAAUUGCAUAACCGGAUUUUGAAAUAUCUGAUUUCUCUCACCACUCAUGUUUUUUUUGUAACCACGUACUUGUAGGUUUUUUUUUAUUUGACUAGCAUGUGAUGGGCGUAGCUCAAGUGUCACAGUCUGUGAGGGUUUCUUUCCCUCUCUGUGGGCGUGUCAAGGUCACAGGUCAUUGCAUAAAUUAAUGCUGACUAGGAAUUCUGCAGUAUUACAAUUGUUACUCCAGUGUAACUGUCACCAUGAAUAUUCUAAUCAGUCACAGAAAAGUUUAAUUUGAAGUACUCCUUACACCGGAAGUAAAUGGAACAGUCCAAUAAGCCCCGCCCACUGCGCACGGCUGUGAUUGGUCGAAACGUUAUUGGGUGGAGCUUAAUAGAUCUUUGACUCUAAAUUGUGUUAUAGCGAAAAAGAAAAAUUUGCCAUUAUCGAUGGGUGUCGUAAAAAAAAAAGUAGCAGGCAAAACAACAUUUUUUUUCUGAAGAAACUGAAUUGUUUCUUGUACAAAAAUGUUACCACGAGAUGAUAGUGUUUCUUUACCCUUGACAGGAUUUUUGUUCUGUGUGAUUUGGGCCUUCUGUUUAAAAGUUACGGCAAAGCUUGUAAAGACUGUCCAAUUCUGUUUGGACCACUUUCUUCACCUUGGUAUGUGAAUGCCUUUCAUUGGAUACGAAGUGGCCCAACUUGGAAUUCAAGUCCUUUCAUUUAAUUAGCUGUAUUUCUGGACUGGGGUGUCCAAUUGAGAUGGGAUAAAGACCAUUGUGUAGAGUAUUUACUACACCUUCAGACUCUAUAGAUAAGUUUUGCAAAAAGAGAGUGUUAGUAUUUUUAAUAUUUAGGGAUUGACUGCUACAUUUUUUUGAGACGCCCUACACCCUACAUUACUUGUAGUGUUACUCAUACAGUUUCAUUUUCAUUGUCAUAUGCCUAAUUGAUUUCAUUUUCAUUGUCAUAUGCCCAAUUGAUUUCAUUGUCAUUGUCAUAUGCCCAAUUGAUUUCAUUGUCAUUGUCAUCUGCCCAAUUGAACUAAACUUUUGGGUUUUAACCGAAAGUGGCGAUGUAAAUGGAUUUUAAAGUGUGGAUUCUCCUAAAUUCCAUGUGUUGGCAUUAUCACAUUAUUUGAAAUCCAUUUGUUUGGAAGACCCCAAUAUUUUAAUCGUUGAAUCGUUAGUUUAAAACUUGAGUUGAGCUGAGUUUGCACACUGAAGUUGAAACAAGCUGUUAUGGGGACAUAACAAAAUGCGAAAUGUUUAACAAUCUCGUCGAGUGCAAGAAGUUGCUAAAUUUGUCAUCAGUCAUUUUGAAAAAUUCUGAUCGACUAGUGGUUUCUUCGAGUUCAACCUAAAAAUUCUGUUGAUUCGCGAAUGAAAUUUCCCAACAAUACCUGCUUUUUAAAAAAUUUCUGUUUGUGCAUUCAGACUUUUUGUUGAAUGAAUUUUGACUGCAAGUUUACGAUUGAAUUUUUGCGAACAAUUGUGAAGAAGUAGCACUGAGAUAUGAAUGUUGCAGGCAUUAAUGCCAUUAAGAAACAAACAAAAACACAAUUUUAAGAUUGGUUGUUUUUAAUGUUUAGGAAUGGGACAUUGUCAACGCGGCCUAGAUUUGUGAGGUUUUGUUUUUUAUUAAGAGAGUCGUGUAGACGCUGAAUGAGUUGUUUUUUCCUCCUUUCCUGCUCUUGAGAGAUCAGGACGAUAGUUCUAAAUGGCUAGCCAUUUCUAGAUGUGAACCUUUGUGAUGUUUUUAAGAAACCAGUACUUAUGUAGUCUUUUAAAUGGUCAGUUACCCCUGGUACCUUUGUCUGUAAACAGAGAAACACAUUGGAUGAAGUCUUGGUACAAGACAGGGUCCAAACUCUGAAACCACAGUAGACUUGGCUCAAGGCUGACACUUUUUUCCCCUAAAGCAGCCGGUCUCUGACAAGUGCGGGGAACUUUGGCAGCGCUACCCAGGAAAUUCAGAGCAUACCUCACACGUGUGCGUUAGCUUGAAUACAGAGCAUGUGGUGUAUGCUGGGAAUUUUCGGGUAGCACUGCCAAAAUUCCCAAGGCUGGAUGUGAUUCAAGCUUUACUACAUGUACUUGACUGGCUGUAUCAGGGGAAUAACAUCCAAAUUCAGUCUCCGACAAAGACUACUAAAGCCAUGUCGAAAAUGGGUUUUAUAAUCGGUGGCUUUGGCUAUUCUUAUGCAUACCGUCACUAUGGAGUCUAUGGACAGGCCAGUCAUUCUGGGGGGUUUUGGUAAUCAGCAAAAAGAACAAUGUUGCGUCAAGAGGUCUAGCACCAAGACUUCAUUAAUGAUUUGAAACAUAUAAAAAGGCCAGCAACAUGGCGUCUGCUUUUUAAUUAAUAAACAAAAAAGGAAAGGUAAACCCUUAGUUCAAUGACAAGUGAUUUUUAUGUAUUUUUGUUUUCUCUUUUACUAAAAUAGUUAACGAUAUAAAAACAAAAGUCGAUUACCACCUGUGUAUCAUUGAUAUUAAAUUAACAAUUACUAAACUUGAACUUGAAAAA